AAGGGGACAGGAGUUUAUAAAGAGUGUCCAUUACCAGAGUCUGCUGUUCCCACCGGUCAGCCCCUCCACUCUGCCCUGCCACCCCGAUUGCUGCCCUGCUUCUCUCACCACCAUGAUUUUCCUGGUUUUGGUGCUCUUUGGCGUGCAGACGCUGUGCCCCUGGGCUGCCUCCCGUCCCACCAGUGCGGGGCCAGCAGAGCUGCUGUCCCCCAGCUGCGACGGCAGAGCAGCGGAGGAGGCUGCGGACCUGGCCCUCCACCACAUCAACGCCCACCGAAGAGAGGGCUACGUCCUCAGGCUCUACCGGAUUUUCAGUGUGCGAGAGCAUCCUCAGGAGAUCACUGGUUCUGUCUUCUACCUCGUCUUGGAUGUAGUAGAUACCGAAUGCCACGUACUCAGCAAAAAGUCAUGGAAGGACUGUCCGGCCAGACAAGCUCAUGCAACUGUUUAUGGUCAAUGCAAAGCAAUUAUCUACAUUAAUCAGGCAAGAAAUAUUUCUCAUCUUAAUACUUAUGAGUGCACUUUGCAACAAGUUCCACGCAGAUACAUUUGGAGAGUAUGUCCUGACUGCCCGGUUGAUGACUGUCCAACCAAGCCCGAAUAUUUGGAGGCUGCUGCUCAAAGCCUUGCCAAGUUCAACCAGCAGAGUGAAGAAACGCGUUAUUUCUCUGUCCUCAAUGUCACCAGAGCUUCAAUGCAGUGGGUCGUUGGUCCUGCAUAUUUUGUAGAGUUUUUAAUCCAGGAGACAUCCUGCUCCAAAACCGACACGAUUGCUGACAUCUCCCAGUGCAAGCCUCUUGCCCCAGAACCAGCUAAAACAGGUUUCUGCAAAGGCUCCGUAGUAAGGAGUGACAUGGAACAUAAACAGUAUGUCACAGUAUCCUGUGAAAUCUACAGCCCGCAGGAUCCUGCCACUGAAGAGGGGGACCAGCCAACGACUCAGACACCUUCAGAAACCAACCCCUUCUCCCCUCACCUGGAAAAAACGGUGGGCUGGGUUAGAAUUCUACCCCCUUCAACAGAGGACAUGUCUUCCCAACACCUACCAGAAGGUCAAAAUGAACAUGAAGAUGGAAAUCCAGUUCCACCUGAAGUUAUAGGAGCUACACCCGGUCUCGAUGGAGAAAAGACUCCAGUAGACAAAGCAGACUUGACCAAACCAGUCACUGGACCAGUUAUUCUCCCUUUUCCUGAAGAACUUUCUCUAUCAGACUCAUGCCCAGGAGAAGCAAAGGAGACAAAUUACAUCAUCCAAUCUUUGCUGCCAAAAAAGCCUACCAAAGCCUAGCCAGCAUCCAACCACCUCAACUACCUGACACAAAACAGCAGCCACAAUGGCAACCCAAUCUUUCCAUUUGUGUUAUGUCCUUAAAUAAAUAAAUUGCUUAUUACCGUCUUCA